AUGCGGCCGCAACGGUGGAACGAAACGGUUGCGCAGUCGCCUGUUGCCGUCUCGUUCUUUCGAAUCCACACGCGCCCAGCUUUUCCACUUCUGCGUGCCUACAUAACUAUUUUCUCUGUACGCGUAGGUCGACGAAUUGCCUUUUUUUAUGUUGCCCCUCGAAGUUACAACCGAAGCAAUCAUUUCCAGAUUCAUCGAAUAACUUGGCAACAUAAUUAUGGAAAACGAAAAUUAAAAUAGUGAUGAGAAGAUGAAAGGAUAAAAUGUUUUAAAAUUAUCAAUAGUUUAACAAAUUUUUUUAUCAGUAGAAAUCAAAAAUCUUUUAUCGGGAAAUGAUAAUAUUUUUUAUCACGAUAGUCUUGGGUAUAUAAAAAUAACUUUAAAAAAACGAUAUUUAUGAAGGAAAAAAAUAAAUUUUUUUACUGAUUAAAUUGGUAAAACAGAAGUUAAACAGGCUAGGAAGCUGAAACUAAACCUGACCAGGAGGUAAAAAAAGUUUUUAUUUUUUUGCAAGAAAAAUGUAAGGAAAGAUCCGAAAUGAGAAACGGCCUUUUUUAAAACUAUUUUUUUAAAAAAAUCUUCUUUGGCUAUACUAUUAUUUAAAAGUUGAUUCAAAGCUAUCCAAAAAAAGGUAUAUUUUUAUGAACUAUUUAAAAAGUUAAGGAUAUAUCGGUUCUGACCAAUUUUCAUUUUUAUAAUUCGUUUCUUCAUUUUUCCAUCUUGAGAAACGGUUUGUUAGUGGGAAAAUCAUACCUUUUUGCGAAUUUUCCGCAAUUUCAUCUCCCUUAUAAACAGUUUUACCUCAGGUUUGGCUGGUUCACGGCUGUCUUGAGUCAUCGAAAAAAGGGUCCUGACACGAUAAGAAAAAAGACAGUGCCUGGUUGAUGGAGAGAGCAGACAAGCCACACUUUGCGUCCCAAGCUAGCCGAGAAUCGGCUAUAACUGCCUCCUGUCACCCUAUGCUGUAGAAUGCACAAAAAAAGGACUUUUUAACCCGAAGAAUCUUUUCAGGGCAUGAUAAGUGCCCCCUAGAGGAGGCCCUCUAUGGGCUGCUAAGUUAGCCCCUACAGAGACCACUCUGGAGUUCCCAAGAACCAAAAAAUCUUUCUCAUGCUUCUGUUCAACGUUCAGCGGUGAAAUCUUUGUUUUAAGGUAGGCCGUCUACCGGAGAAGUAUGUUGGACGGAUAUCCGUUGCUGUGGUUCGCGGGCUGACUUAUUUGAAAGAUGAAAUCAAAAUCCUCCACCGAGGUUCGCAAUGGUUAUCUUUUCAUUUUCAAAUUUCCUUCUCAGAUGUGAAGCCUUCCAACAUGCUCGUAAAUAGCAAUGGGGAAAUCAAGUUGUGCGAUUUCGGAGUAUCUGGAAUGCUGAUCGACUCGAUGGCCAACUCCUUCGUGGGGACUCGCUCCUAUAUGGCGGUCAGUCUCAAGAUUUUCUGACCUUGGAUUAUUUCUUUUUUCAGCCAGAACGAUUGACGGGCUCUCACUACUCGAUUCAGUCGGACAUUUGGUCUUUCGGCCUGUCUCUUGUGGAACUUCUCGUCGGAAGGUUAGUUGUUAGUUUCUGAAACUGUAACUUUCAACGAGCAAACUCUCGAUAACUAUGAGUUUUUUCUUAUCGAAAACGUUGCCUGACAAAACUAUGGGCCUCAAUGACGCUAUUUUUAUGAACCACGAGCAAAGUCCAAAAGGUCUCAAAAAUAACUUUUGGAAAAAGGCCUCAAAGGCACCUCUUUCUCGACCUUUUUCUGAAAAGAACCUUUAAGGAGCUGAAAGAAAAUGAAAAAAAAAAGAUUUCGAGAAACUUUCGACACUUUUUUUUUAGGAAUUCAAAAAGGAGCUUUAGGCUCUUUUUUAAGGCCUUUUUAAAGGUCGUUUAAGCUUUGCUUGAGAUUAAAAAAAUUUAUGCGAGUUUCCGACAAUUGAUUGCUAACCACGGGAAACCAAACGGCCACAAAAAGAAGAGUCUGAAGCUACUUUUUGAGCUCCUAAAAUAUGUCAAAAGUCUCGGAAUCUCCCUCUUUGCGCCUCCUUCUUUUUUUCUCCUCAAAAGGUCCCUUUCAGAUAAAGGUCGUUAAAAAAAGGCGCUCAUGAAGCCUUUUUAGAUAUUCUCACAGAAAUUUCCAACUCUUUUUGAAGAUAUCCUGUGCCGGCACUAACCAAAACCGACUUUGCUGUCAUGUUCAACGUCCCAGAAAGUCAAAUAGAGCUGGCUGAUGGCCGGCCUGACGUACGUUUCCCGCAUUACAUCGAUCAAUAAUUUCAACGUCUUGUAGGUACCCCCAUAUCAAGCCUCAAACAAUCCAGCAGCGAUGGCCAUUUUCGAAAUGCUCGACUACAUCGUCAACGAACCUCCGCCAACACUCCCCAAGAACCUUUUCAGGUGGGAUCUGGAUAUGAAGUCGAAAAUAAAGUGUUACCUCAUUUCAGCAAAGAAGUUAUCGACUUUGUCUCGAAAUGCCUGCGAAAGCUGCCGAGCGAACGAGCCAAUCUCAAAAGUCUGUCCACCGACGAUUUCUUCCAGAUGUACGCCGACAAGGACGACGGCGGCGAGUUCGCCAAAUUUGUCACCGAGACCAUUCCCAAAGUUCCCGCGUGA